AUGGGAGACGAUAAUACCAACAACACUGAUUUUCAAUUUCAACCAGACCCCUACUUAGACGAAGAAGCCGAGGAGGCACUUUCUCUCUGCGACCUUCCACUGGACACCGAAGCUGAAGAGUUCCACGAUUUGUCGUCCAAGUUCCUAAACGCUCGCUGCUCUUCCUCCGAAUUCUUCGAGUUCUUCAGUGACCACAGCUCCGAUAGCUUCAUGUGUUCUGCCGAAGACAUCAUCGUCUGUGGCAAACUCAUACCCUUCAAAGAGAACACACCCACUCCUCAAGCUCCAAAGCCUUCUUCGAAUCCCAAGCAUGAUCAUCAGAAGAAACAGACAGCUUUUCGACGACGGUCCGAAUCACUGUCCGGGAUACAAAGCACCGUCACGAGAUCAAGCAGCACCAAGAACAAGAUCAUGAUGACCAACAGCCGGUCGUUGGAUUACAGGAAACUUCACCGCCAAAGCUCGAUGGUUUCACCGGUGCCUGAGAUGGAGCGAAACUCUUCAGUAAGGAGUGUGGGAUCUUCAAAGUCCGAUAAGAAGAGUACUAGUAGUGGUAAGCCAAAAUGGUCAUUUCUUUUGUUUGGAAUUGUCAAAUUUCCGGCGGAGAUGGAUCUCAGAGACAUCAAGAGCCGGCAGGUCAGGAAAAACCCGUCUACCACUCUGUUUCCCGAUACUUCCGUCGGGAAGUGUCCGUCGGUCAGUCGGAGCAACUCCGGUACCAAGGGCUCUUGGAAGCUGCUCAGGGCAUUGAGCUGCAAGGAUCAUGCGAGUGUUUCUGUAACGACGUCGUACUACGUGUCGCAAGUAUGA